CUUCAUCUGAGUUGUUCUAGAAACGUCUAUGGUUACUCUAAAUGCAGUUGUAGGAUGUUAGUUACUCUAAAUGCUGUUCUUUUGUACAAGUUCGUACCAGUAGUUGGUUGAACAAGCAUCAUCAUCGUAGACAGGAUGUUUUCAUCAAUAGGGAGCGGUUUCCGACAGAAGGCAGCCGCGGUCAACCAGGCUGGAAAGGAUAUGGUCAUAGCGGGCUGGCGUUAUUUCAAAGCAGCGAGGGAAGCGAGAGCAGCGCGCCUAAAAAAGCAGCAAGAAACGGCAAAGGCGAUAGACCAUGCAUUGAAGAACUUCCACGAUUUCUUACAGAAAAAAUGUACUUACACGCUCUAGUCUACCAAUUACGUAGCUUCUAUAACAUGAUCGAAGUUCUCGAUUUUUCGAGCUACUUACAAAUAAUAGGCUUUCGCCGAUUCAUUGAAUGCGACCACAAGAUCCAUAUUUUUUUCUUCCAUGAUGUCAGUCUGAAAAUAUUGUCAGAUGAUAAUGCUGGAGACAUGUUGAGCGUUCCCCACCUGGAACUUCCGGGCUUGAUCGAGGAGUGGAAGCCGAAGUGUCCUGAACUUUUUCCAGAGGCCAUGCAGAAACACAUUUGUGAGCGUCUCGGACAGGCGCUCAAGACUCACGCUUCUCAGCCUCCUGAUCAGGGUGUUGAAACUCAAGUGUGGCUUUACGCGGAUAUAUUCGGAACUUGGCCCACCAUUAUGCAUGGACAGAAGAAGAACGUAGAUUCUAGUUGAAAAUUUCGUACCUCCCUAGAGUCCCGUUCGUUGCAUAAUAUAUCCGUAGUCUAAUUUUGUCGGAAUAACCGAAUUGGCGGCCGACGAGGUGAAAAAGGGAAUUAUGGAGCAGAUCGAAGAAACGGCUGAGAACGGCAAUCAGCAGGAGAGGCAGUAUUUCUACCACUUUUUAUUUCUUUGCGUCCCUCGCUCACCCCCUCGCGCCUCUGUGUUUUUUCGUCUUUCUUUCUCUUGAAUGAACCCUUUCUCUCGUCCCUGUUUUUUCUGGAUAGUACUAUGAUGGGACGCGCUCCGCCUCCGGUUCAGGUUCUUUACCUCUAGGAGGUGUAGUCUUCACUCAUUUCAGGCACAGUUCUCUCCGCUUCAAAGCUUACUCACCUCUCUUGUGCCGAAAAGUUUGCGAGAAUCAGGAACAGAGUCUACGAAGAGCAUUUUUCCCUACAUCUAAAUAUCUUCUAUUUCAUUUUCUUAGUAGGAGAAAAAUUGUUUCCCCGAUAUCACUGCUGGUUGUCGUAGACUGUGGUCCUGGACGAGACACAGCAGCGACUGUUCUCUCCGCUUCAGAGCUUAUAUCCUUGCGUGUCUUCCUGCGAGAGACGUUCUAGAAAAAAUAUCCAAAUCAAUUCCAGCUCCCAUGCUACGGCCGUCAGCGCGCUCGAGAUGUAUGCGACGACAGAAACCGUUUCAACGUGGUCCCCGUCGGCUCUCUCCACCACGCACUUCGAGACCAUGGCCGUUGUGCAGAUUUGCACUGCGGGACUGAUAGCCGGCUUGGCUUUGGGUUGGUGUCUACGCCGCCAUCAUCGCCACAACCAUCGUCAGCACGCCAACCGUGCUCCGGCUUUGCCAAAGUAUGGGGCUACCGCGGAUGACUGUGGUAUGUUGGAGGAAUGCUAGAAUGGAACUCGAACCUACAAGGCGGGUUUUGGAAACUUGAAGAUUAGAAAUAGAAAAUGUCUCAGUUGUUGUAUUAUAGUUGAUGUACUAAAAAUCAUAACUUGAUAUUUUACCUGACAGUCAUAAUAAUGACUACCCUCUUCACUUACUCACUACGCCUUCUCCAAAAUGCUACAGGCAUUUUUCAAUAAUAUUUUCCAGCCAAAUCUACCAACAUAGCCACCAAGGUUGCGUAAGAAUCUCGAGUAGGUAACAAGUGGAGCGGAUAGCUCCUGCGGAACGAUGCCGUAGCACUACUCUUACUUAUACAUCUGGGGAACAUCUCUUAACUACUAGUUAAUGUACUACAUCUUCGUAUAGCAGGAACGCACUAAUUCUGAUUGUAGCAUCUCAUUCUGAUGUUGUAGUAGUUGCAAAAAAUAGAGUCUGGGAUUGUCUUCAAUAUUUGUGGGAAAUGCUUUGUUUUAUUCUGGUUGGAUAAAUACUAACGCUAGGAGAGUCUAAUGCGUAUUUACACGUAGAAAGCAGGAGGACGCAGGUCAACCUCAUCGCGAGGCUGACCAAAACAAAACUGAACAAGUCAUCUUCGAGGAAGAGUAUUAACUUUCUAUUUGCAUUUGUAUUUAGUUCUAAUAUCGAUCUCAUUAUAGAUGCUGAAAAAUCUUCUAAGAAGAGGCAUUAUCGUUUCCAGCGUGCUAUGCUGGAUCUGGUAAACGGCAACGCGUCCAGUUUCAUCUUGUUAGUUAAAUAUAGAAAGGGGUACUGGAAGAUGUCUAACUACUCAAUCCAUCGUGUUCGUAUAGUGAAUGUUGUAAAAGAAGUUGGGAUGGGGAUCUUCAUUCGAAAACUCAAUGAUAUGAAUAUUCUGGUGCAGCUUUCCUUAUCAGAAUCUACUAUUAUAAAAGUGUACUUCUUCCGCUUCGAUUCUGUACACUUCUUACUGCUAUUAAAUGAAGGCAAUGUUGUACAUAGUGUAUGCGCAGAUUAUGGAUUAUAAUUCAUUUCGCAACCCCACACCUGCCAACAUACCCACACAAAUGCUCAAACUAUUGGUCUAUAUCUGCACCUCCAGUAUAGUGAUUGUCAUCGUGCUUGAUCACUUGCGUAUCUUCAGGCUCUAUCCGUCCUGCCUCAGGAGUAGCGAC